UUGUUUAGACUUAAAAAUAACUUAAAAUUUAACUGUAUACAGAAGUUCUACCAAUUUCAAUAUAAAUGGAACAACCCAACCCUUUACAAGUACACCAAAAACUGCCGAGAUUUUCGGUAGAUAUACUAAGAAUAUGGUUGUCAGAACACGUGCACCAUGCAUUCCCGACUGCAGCUCAAAAACUAACCUUAUCCCAAGAAGCCAAUCUGACAGUUUUACAAGUUGACAACUGGUUUGUUAACGCCCGAAGACGAAUUCUACCGGAGAUGAUCAGCCGAAAAGCAAAAGAUUACGCCGUCUACAGACGCUGUCAACUAGAUGUUGCGAACUCUGGGGAAGUGGAGAAUCUAGAAUUAAAUGUAUUUUUUGGUGAUAAUUAAAACACUUAAUUACUACUUAUUUUCUGAAAUUUUGUUCAUACUUCAGGACGACAAUGUUUUAAAGUAAAAAUUAAACGACUAGUUUUGUAGGGAUAGCACAGUUUAUUCUAAGAAUGUUUUUUAAACCUUUCAGUGGGAAUAUUCUUAGGAUCAUGCUAUAUUUCUUCUAGUCAUGUUCUAAGAAUGUUUUUUAAACCUUCCAGUGAGAAUAUUCUUAGGAUCAUGCUAAAUUUCUUCUAGUCAUGUUCUAAGAAUGUUUUUUAAACCUUUCAGUGAGAAUAUUCUUAGGAUCAUGCUAUAUUUCUUCUAAAGAACAUGCUUAAAAGACAUAUAGCAUGAUCCUAAGAAAAUUCUCACUGGCAUAUAGGCAGGUUCUUAGAAGGUGCAAAGUUUGGUUGGUAAAAAUU